UCUCUACUCUCGUCUAGUCGGCUGACAGUUCAUCGUGCGGGAGUCUUGCGAUCGCCUCCUCAAUUGUCUAACGUUGAAAAAGUUGUUAAGUACAUUUUGAUUCGAGAUGGGUGAUUCUUUAGACGGAUCGGGGGAACCGUCUCCUGAAUCACAAAAUAUUGCGAUUGUCGAGUAUUCCUCAUUCGCUAACUAUCUUCGAAAGGCCGUUACGAUCCUUUUGCCUGACGAGGAUGUGGUUCCAUCCGCAUUUAAUACUGCUCUUGAGGACAGAAAUAAUCAGGAGUGUAUUCGAAAAUUUCUCAGUGAUUCACAAGUUUGGUCCUUGUAUAUUCAACGCACAUCCAGCAAAGAAGAAGAUAGUGGUGAAGGCGAUGAAGAGAAAGAAAAUUCCACAUACUAUAUAUCAAAUGAUAUUCACUUUACUAGUCCUAAAAUGGGCUCUCUUAUUGUGACAAAACGUGGUUCGGUAAUAGAGGCAGAUAAGUCCAUUCAUUCACAAGUACGACUUGUUACCAUUUCCGAUGGACCAGCAUAUGAAACUCUACACGCUAUUAGUAAAACUAUGGCACCAUACUUUAAGAGCUAUGUCAAAGAAACAGGGAGAGCGGAUAGAGAUGGUGACAAAAUGGCACCGUCCGUUGAAAAAAAAAUUGCUGAAUUGGAGAUGGGAUUGUUACAUUUACAACAGAAUAUUGAUAUCCCAGAGAUUUCCCUUCCAGUUCACCCAAUUGUUUUACAUGUGAUCAAACAAUGUGCAGAUGAAGGAAGGAAACCCAAAGUUGCUGAUUUUGGGGACAAAGUAGAGGAUUCAACAUUUUUGAAUCAAUUACAAACUGGUGUAAACAGGUGGAUCAAAGAGAUUCAAAAAGUAACAAAACUUAAUCGUGACCCAGAGUCAGGUACAGCACUUCAAGAAAUUUCAUUUUGGUUGAAUUUAGAAAGAGCUUUACACCGAAUUCAGGAGAAACGUGAAAGCAUUGAGAUUUCCUUAACUCUUGAUAUCCUUAAGCAUGGAAAACGUUUCCAUGCAACUGUCAGUUUUGAUACAGACACUGGCUUGAAACAAGCCUUAGCAACUGUAAAUGAUUACAAUCCGUUGAUGAAAGAUUUUCCAAUCAACGACCUUUUGUCAGCUACUGAGCUAGAGCGGAUUCGAGCAGCUGUGCAACAAAUCUUCAUGCACUUAAGGAAGAUCAGAAGUACAAAAUAUCCCAUUCAGCGAGUUCUUAGAUUGGUGGAAGCAAUUUCCAGAGACUUGGGACAACAAUUGCUCAAAGUUCUUGGUACCAGAAGACUGAUGCAUAUUCCUUUCGAUGAAUUUGAGAAAGUCAUGGGACAAUGUUUUGAAGUGUUUAGUACCUGGGAUGAUGAGUAUGAUAAACUUAUUGGAUUACUGAGGGACGUCGUCAAAAAGAAACGAGAUGAACACUUAAAGAUGGUCUGGCGAGUUUCUCCAGCUCACAAGAAACUUCAAACUCGUAUGGAACAUAUGCGUUGUUUCCGUCGUCAGCAUGAACAACUAAGAACUGUCAUUGUUCGUGUAUUGCGACCUACUGUUCGUCAGAACAAUAACAACGCAAGCAUAGAAAAUGCUGACAAUGAUAGUGGAAAGCUGGAAUUUCCUUUGGACGCUGCUGAUGCUAACGCAAUUAGUGAGGUCAAUCUUGCAUAUGAAAAUGUCAAGGAAGUUGAAUGCUUAGAUAUUACCAAGGAAGGAUUAGAGUUCUGGGAGGCUGCGGUACAUCGAUAUGAAGAACGCAUUGAACGUGUAGAAGCUAGAAUAACAGCACAUCUGAGAGAUCAAUUGGGUACCGCAAAGAAUGCUAAUGAAAUGUUUCGUAUUUUUUCACGUUUUAAUGCUCUUUUUGUGAGACCACAUAUUAGAGGUGCCAUUCGAGAAUAUCAAACUCAACUGAUCCAAAGAGUCAAAGAUGAUAUUGAAGCACUGCAUGAAAAAUUCAAGGUUCAAUAUGCGCAGAGCAAGUGCUGCAGGAUGAGUAUGGUAAGAGAUCUGCCACCAGUUUCAGGGUCGAUAAUUUGGGUUAAACAAAUUGAUCAUCAGCUGACGAUGUAUCUAAAACGUGUCGAAGAUGUCUUGGGUAAGGGUUGGGAAAAUCAUAUCGAGGGUCAAAAGUUAAAAGCCGAUGGAGAUAGUUUCCGGAUGAAAUUAUCUACUCAAGAAAUAUUUGACGAAUGGGCGCGCAGAGUGCAGCAACGCAAUACUGCUGUUAGUGGUCGCAUUUUCACAAUUGAGAGCGUUCGAUCACGUUCUGGUAGAGGAAACGUUCUCAAGUUGAAAGUGAACUUUUUGCCGGAAAUUAUCACGCUGGCCAAGGAAGUGAGGAAUCUGAAGAAUCUAGGAUAUCGUGCUCCGAUAGCUAUUGUUAACAAAGCUCACCAAGCUAAUCAAGUUUAUCCAUUCGCUAUCAGUUUGAUUGAGAGCAUCAGGACGUAUGAGAGAACUUUGGAAAAGCUUACCAAUCGGAGUCCCCACUGUCCCGCACUGAAGAUUGAAGAUAAAGCAAGUAUCAUACCCUUGGUUGCUGGAAUGCGUAAGGAUGUUCUAUCACUCAUUUCUGAGGGUAUUGCCCUGGUAUGGGAAAGCUACAAACUUGAUUUGUAUGUCCAUCGUCUUUCGGAUGCUGUUGUAUCUUUCCAAGAAAAAGUUGAAGAUCUUCUUGUCGUCGAAGAACAGCUGGACGUUGAUGUUCGAUCUUUGGAAACUUGCCCUUACUCGGCAAAUACUUUUGCUGAUAUAUUAUCUAAGAUUCAGAAGUCUGUGGAUGAAUUGUCAUUGAAGAACUACUCGAAUCUACAUAUUUGGGUAGCUAGACUUGAUGAAGAGGUCGAGAAGAAUUUGGCAGCACGAUUAGAAGCUGGAGUAAAAGCAUGGACCGAUGCACUUAUGGGACAAAAGAAAGAAGUUGACCUGAGCAUGGAUACCGAUGCACCUGCGCAACCAACUCACAAGCCUGGCGGUGAUCCUAAGAUACAGAAUCAAAUUCAUGAAGUCAGGAUCACCAAUCAGACAAUGUACUUAUAUCCUAGUAUUGAGGACGCGAGAUUCCAGAUCAUGCAACAACUUUUCGCUUGGCAAGCGAUCGUUACGUCUCAGAUUCGUUUACAGAGUUCCAGGUAUCAAGUAGGUCUUGACAAACCAGAGUCAGGAACUUAUAGAAACUUGCUGACAAAAUUACCCGGUGGAAAAGUACCGCUGGAAGCAGCUUACGAAGCCGUUGAAUCAAAGAUGAAGGAUGUUGCUGAUUAUGUCGAUCAAUGGCUUAGAUACCAAUCACUUUGGGAUCUUCAACCUGACAACCUGUAUGGAAAGUUGGGUGAAGACAUCAAUCUGUGGAUGAAGUGUUUGAAUGAUAUAAAGAAAACGAGAACGACUUUCGACACUUCAGAUACAAGACGAGAGUUCGGUCCUAUUAUCAUUGAUUUUGCUAAAGUACAAAGUAAAGUCUCCCUAAAGUAUGAUUCUUGGCACAAGGAGACCUUGGGCAAAUUCGGUUCUCUCCUUGGAAAUGAAAUGGCAAGUUUCCACGCACAAGUGUCCAAGUCCAGAGGUGAUCUCGAACAACAAUCCAUCGAAGCUGCAAGUACUUCUGAUGCUGUCGGCUUCAUAACGUACGUGCAAUCUCUUAAACGCAAGAUGAAAGCAUGGGAGAAGCAAGUGGACGUGUACAGGGAAGGUCAAAGGAUUUUGGAACGUCAAAGAUUCCAGUUCCCAACAUCGUGGUUGCACGUUGAUAACAUAGAGGGUGAGUGGGGUGCGUUCAACGAGAUCAUCAAACGUAAAGAUACCAGCAUCCAAACGCAGGUAGCUUCUCUACAGAUGAAGAUUGUUGCUGAAGAUAAAGCAGUUGAGACAAGAACAACUGACUUCCUUAAUGACUGGGAAAGAGGAAAACCUGUUGAGGGUCAUCUGCGUCCUGAUGAAGCCCUGCAACAGCUGCAAUUGUUCGAAAGCAAAUUCGCUAGACUCAAGGAAGAACGGGACAACGUCGCUAAAGCGAAGGAAGCUCUGGAAUUGCAGGAACCAGGCGGUGUGUCUACCAGUGAGGAUAGAAUUCAAGUUAUCUUUGAGGAAUUGCAAGACUUGAGAGGCGUGUGGUCAGAAUUGUCAAGAAUUUGGGCUCAAAUAGAUGAGACUAGAGAAAAACCAUGGUUGUCGGUUCAACCUAGGAAGUUACGUCAACAGCUGGAUACAAUGAUGGCUCAGCUGAAGGAACUUCCUGCAAGAUUAAGACAAUACUCUUCAUACGAGUACGUGAAGAAGAUGCUGCAAAGUUAUACCAAGGUUAACAUGUUGAUCGUGGAACUUAAAUCUGAUGCUUUGAAAGAGCGACAUUGGAAACAACUAACGAGACAGCUGAGAGUCAAUUGGGUAUUAAGUGAACUAACGCUCGGCCAAGUGUGGGACGUAAAUCUUCAGAAAAAUGAAGGAAUCGUUAAAGAUAUAAUCCUAGUGGCACAAGGUGAAAUGGCUUUGGAGGAGUUCUUGAAGCAAGUGAGAGAGUCCUGGCAAACAUACGAACUAGACCUCAUAAACUACCAGAGCAAGUGCAGAUUGAUUCGAGGAUGGGAUGAUUUAUUCAAUAAAGUUAAAGAACACAUCAACUCCGUAGCAGCCAUGAAAUUGUCACCGUAUUAUAAAGUGUUUGAAGAAGAAGCUCUAACUUGGGAGGAGAAGCUUAACAGGAUAAAUGCACUCUUCGAUGUUUGGAUCGACGUUCAGCGGCGGUGGGUAUAUCUUGAGGGUAUCUUCUCAGGUAGUGCCGACAUCAAGACGCUGCUACCAGUGGAAACAUCACGUUUCCAAAGUAUCAGUUCUGAAUUCCUUGGAUUGAUGAAGAAAGUCUCGAAAUCUCCAAUGGUCAUGGAUGUCCUAAAUAUCCCUGGCGUCCAAAGAGCCCUUGAACGACUUGCCGAUCUUCUUGGAAAGAUUCAGAAAGCUCUUGGAGAAUAUUUGGAAAGGGAAAGAACAUCCUUCCCGCGAUUUUAUUUCGUCGGAGAUGAAGAUUUACUCGAGAUCAUUGGUAACAGUAAAAAUGUCGCAAGAUUGCAAAAGCAUUUCAAGAAAAUGUUCGCCGGCGUGGCAGCUAUUCUACUUAACGAGGAUAAUACCGUUAUUACUGGUAUAGCAUCUCGCGAGGGUGAAGAAGUCACUUUCCAAACUCCAGUGUCAACAGUAGAUCAUCCGAAGAUCAAUGAAUGGCUAACACUCGUGGAAAAGGAAAUGCGUGUCACCCUAGCUUCUAGUCUCGCAAGAGCAGUCCAUGAUAUUAAGCAGUUCAAGGAUGGAAAUAUUAAUUCUCAAGCAUUCAUGACUUGGUGUGACAACUAUCAAGCCCAGAUCAUUGUCUUGGCUGCACAAAUUUUGUGGUCUGAAGACGUCGAAGCAGCUCUUCACGAAGCUCAAUCAGAUUCCAGCAAGAAUCCACUAGAAAGAGUAUUAAACCAAGUCGAAGUGACAUUGAAUGUCCUUGCGGAUUCUGUACUCCAGGAACAACCGGCUCUUAGGAGGAAAAAAUUGGAGCAUCUCAUUAAUGAAUUUGUACAUAAACGUACCGUCACGAGAAGGUUAAUUGCUAAUAAAGUAUCAAAUCCAAAGGCUUUCGAGUGGCUCUGCGAGAUGAGAUUCUAUUUUGAUCCACGACAAACCGAAGUUCUUCAACAACUUACGAUUCACAUGGCAAAUGCUAAAUUCUUUUACGGAUUUGAAUAUCUAGGCGUACAGGAUAGACUAGUCCAAACGCCAUUAACAGACAGAUGUUACUUAACUAUGACACAAGCUCUAGAAGCUAGACUCGGUGGUUCGCCAUUCGGUCCUGCUGGAACCGGAAAGACUGAAUCAGUUAAAGCUCUUGGACACCAACUUGGAAGAUUCGUACUUGUAUUUAAUUGCGAUGAAACGUUUGAUUUCCAGGCUAUGGGCCGUAUAUUCGUCGGUCUCUGCCAAGUCGGAGCUUGGGGUUGUUUCGAUGAAUUCAAUCGUUUGGAAGAGCGUAUGCUUUCAGCUGUUUCUCAACAAGUGCAAACCAUUCAGGAAGCUCUCAAGAGUCAAAUGGAGGGCAAGAAAGAAGGAACUCUUUGUGUGGAGCUUGUUGGAAAACAAGUUAAAGUCUCUACAGACAUGGCGAUCUUCAUUACCAUGAAUCCUGGUUAUGCUGGACGGUCUAAUUUGCCAGACAACUUAAAGAAGUUAUUCAGAUCACUAGCUAUGACAACACCCGAUAGACAGUUGAUUGCCGAAGUGAUGCUGUUCAGUCAAGGCUUCAGAUCUGCUGAAAAAUUAGCGUGCAAAAUUGUACCAUUCUUCAAGCUAUGCGAUGAACAAUUAUCAAAUCAAUCGCAUUACGACUUUGGUCUUCGUGCUUUGAAAUCCGUACUAAUCUCAGCCGGAAAUGUGAAACGUGAUAGAAUCCAAAAAAUUAAGGAGGGUAUGCAAAAUCGUGGAGAAACUGACAUUGAUGAAGCUUCGAUCGCUGAGAACUUACCGGAACAAGAAAUUUUGAUCCAAUCAGUCUGUGAGACUAUGGUGCCUAAAUUAGUCGCGGAAGAUAUUCCUCUACUCUUCAGUCUCCUGAACGAUGUAUUCCCGAACGUAAACUAUACUCGUGCUGAAAUGAAGGGUUUGAAAGAUCAAAUUCGAAAGGUCUGCGCUGAAGAAUAUCUUGUAUGUGGAGAAGGCGAUGAACAAGGUGGAGCCUGGCAAGAAAAGGAAACGGUCGGUGAGACCUGGGUUGCGAAGGUACUUCAACUAUACCAAAUCUGCAAUCUCAAUCAUGGCUUGAUGAUGGUUGGUCCAAGUGGUUCUGGAAAAACGACUGCAUGGAAGGUGCUUCUAAAGGCACUGGAAAGAUUCGAAGGCGUGGAAGGUGUAGCCCAUGUCAUUGAUCCCAAGGCUAUCAGCAAGGAAACACUUUAUGGUGUAUUGGAUCCCAACACCAGAGAAUGGACUGAUGGUCUAUUCACUCAUAUUCUUAGAAAGAUCAUAGAUAACGUCAGAGGGGAGAUAAAUAAGCGACAGUGGAUCAUUUUCGACGGAGAUGUUGAUCCAGAAUGGGUUGAGAAUCUCAACUCAGUCCUUGACGAUAAUAAACUUCUAACUUUGCCAAAUGGCGAGCGUCUUAGCUUACCACCAAAUGUUAGAGUGAUGUUUGAAGUACAAGAUCUGAAGUAUGCAACAUUAGCUACUGUCUCUCGUUGCGGCAUGGUCUGGUUCUCAGAGGAUGUUCUUUCAACGGAAAUGAUCUUCGAGAAUUACAUGUUGCGCUUGAAAAAUAUUCCACUGGAAGAUGGCGAAGAGGAUAAUCUUGGCAAGAAGACGGCAGAUAAAGAAGACACUAUUUCACCUGCUUUAUCUGUACAGCGUGAAGUUGCUAGUAUUUUGCAAAGUUACUUUGCACCUGAUGGUUUAGUAGUGAGGUGUCUGGAGUACGCCAUGAAACAAGAACAUAUAAUGGACUUCACGCGGUUGCGUGCACUCAGCUCCCUGUUCUCCAUGCUGAACCAAUCUGUGCGCAAUGUUUUACAAUAUAAUCAUACGCAUAUGGAUUUCCCGCUGCCAAGUGAGCAGUUAGAACGUUACAUGCCAAAAUGUCUGGUUUACGCGUUACUGUGGAGUUUCGCUGGUGAUGCGAAGCUGAAGGUUAGAUCUGACUUGGGUGACUUUAUAAGAUCUAUAACUACAGUACCCUUACCAGCUCAGAGUAAUAUACCCAUCAUAGACUUCGAAGUAAAUAUUCACGGAGAGUGGCUACCGUGGAGUAACAAGGUACCUCAGAUUGAGGUAGAAACUCAUAAAGUGGCUAGUCCAGAUAUCGUUGUACCCACGUUGGACACUGUCAGACAUGAGAUUCUGCUUUACACGUGGCUAGCUGAGCACAAACCGUUGGUACUGUGUGGUCCACCUGGUUCUGGUAAAACCAUGACUCUUUUCUCUGCGUUGAGAGCUUUACCGGAUAUGGAAGUUGUUGGCUUGAAUUUUUCAUCUGCCACAACUCCAGAACUGUUAUUAAAGACAUUCGACCAUUACUGCGAGUACCGCAAAACACCAAAUGGUGUUGUACUAUCACCUGUGCAGCUUGGAAAGUGGCUCGUUUUGUUCUGUGACGAAAUCAAUUUACCGGAUAUGGAUAAUUAUGGCACUCAACGUGUAAUCUCAUUUUUAAGACAAUUAGUAGAACACAGAGGAUUCUACCGCACUAGUGAUCAAGCUUGGGUCUCAUUGGAGAGGAUUCAGUUCGUCGGAGCUUGUAAUCCACCUACUGAUCCUGGUAGAAAACCACUUAGCCAUAGAUUCUUACGCCAUGUACCAGUCAUCUAUGUUGACUAUCCUGGAGAAACAUCUCUCAAGCAGAUUUAUGGAACAUUCACACGUGCCAUGCUCAGGUUAACUCCUUCCCUGAGGGGCUAUGCGGAACCUUUAACAAAUGCAAUGGUGGAAUUCUACCUAGCCUCCCAAGAACGGUUUACCCAAGACAUGCAGCCACAUUACGUUUAUUCGCCUCGUGAAAUGACACGAUGGGUCCGUGGAAUCUGUGAAGCAAUUAGACCUCUUGAUAGUUUAUCAGUUGAGGGACUUGUACGUCUCUGGGCACAUGAGGCACUUCGUUUGUUCCAAGACCGAUUGGUAGAAGAUUCAGAACGUGGUUGGACUAAUAAGAAUAUUGAUAUCGUGGCACUGAAACACUUUAUGGGCGUUGAUAAAGAAAAAGCACUGUCCAGACCGAUUCUCUACAGUAACUGGUUAUCUAAAGAUUAUGUGCCAGUUAACAGACAAGAGUUGAGGGACUACGUAAGGGCUAGAUUGAAGGUCUUCUACGAGGAAGAGUUGGAUGUACCUCUGGUUCUCUUCGAUGAAGUUCUCGAACAUGUUCUGCGAAUUGACAGAAUUUUCCGACAGCCUCAGGGACAUUUGCUGUUGAUUGGUGUCUCAGGUGCUGGUAAGACAACUCUGUCGAGGUUUGUUGCGUGGAUGAACGGAUUAUCCAUCUUUCAAAUAAAGGUGCAUAAUAAAUACUCUGGAGAAGAUUUCGAUGAAGAUUUGCGACAAGUAUUGAGACGUUCUGGUUGCAAGGAUGAGAAGAUAGCUUUUAUUCUUGACGAAUCCAACGUACUUGAUUCUGGCUUCCUGGAACGAAUGAAUACUCUCCUGGCUAACGGAGAAGUUCCUGGUUUGUUCGAGGGCGAUGAAUACACUACUCUUAUGACUCAGUGCAAAGAAGGAGCUCAACGAGAAGGUCUGAUGCUCGAUUCCAACGAAGAACUUUACAAGUGGUUCACGGGUCAAGUCAUGAAGAACUUGCACGUUGUUUUCACAAUGAAUCCAAGCACAGACGGCCUUAAGGAUCGUGCUGCAACCUCACCGGCGUUGUUCAACAGAUGCGUGCUUAAUUGGUUUGGCGAUUGGUCCGAUAACGCAUUGUUCCAAGUUGGAAAAGAAUUCACAAAUCGCGUUGAUCUGGAAAGGCCUUCAUGGAAAUGUCCAGACUUCUUCCCAUCUGUCUGCUCAUUAAUACCUGCGCAACCCACACAUAGAGAUGCAGUCAUCAAUGCUUGCGUCUAUGUACAUCAGACCCUGCACAAAGCUAACGCAAGACUGGCAAAGAGAGGUUCGAGAACAAUGGCGAUCACCCCUCGACAUUAUCUAGACUUCAUUAACCACUUCGUCAAGUUGUAUCAAGAGAAGAGAAGUGACUUGGAGGAACAGCAGUUACAUUUGAAUGUUGGUUUAAGCAAAAUUGCUGAAACCGUGGAACAAGUUGAGGAAAUGCAAAAGAGCUUGGCUGUUAAAUCACAGGAAUUGCAAGCCAAGAACGAAGCUGCCAAUGCUAAAUUGAGACAGAUGGUGAAAGAUCAACAGGAAGCGGAAAAGAAGAAAGUACAAAGUCAAGAGAUCCAACAGCAGCUAGCUAUCCAAACUGUGGCCAUUGAUCAAAAGCGAGAAGACGUAAUGGCUGAUCUUGCUCAAGUCGAACCAGCUGUCAUUGACGCUCAAAAUGCGGUGAAAUCAAUAAAGAAACAGCAUUUGGUUGAGGUUCGCUCCAUGGCGAACCCACCAGCGAUCGUCAAGGUUGCGCUGGAGUCUAUCUGCCUGUUGCUCGGCGAAAAUGCCAGUGACUGGAAAUCUAUCCGCGCGGUCAUCAUGAGAGACAAUUUUAUCAAUACCAUUGUCUCGAAUUUCAGUACUGAGGACAUUACUGAUGAGGUACGCGAAAAGAUGAAGAGUCGUUACUUGAGCAACCCUGACUACAACUUCGAAAAAGUCAACCGUGCGAGUAUGGCUUGUGGUCCUAUGGUCAAGUGGGCGAUUGCUCAGAUUGAAUAUGCAGACAUGUUGAAGCGUGUGGAGCCACUGCGUGAUGAACUUCACUCACUGGAGCAGCAAGCUGAGACCAAUCAGUUGAAAGGCGAAGAAGUGAAAAAUCUAAUUGCUCAGUUAGAACAAAGCAUUGCCUCCUACAAAGAGGAGUACGCACAGCUGAUCUCUCAAGCUCAAGCUAUCAAGGCUGACCUGGAAAAUGUUCAAGGCAAAGUAGACAGAUCCAUUGCUCUCUUGAAAUCAUUAGUCAUCGAGAGAGAAAGAUGGGAAGCUACAAGCGAAACAUUUAGAAGUCAAAUGUCUACGAUUAUUGGUGAUGUUCUUCUGUCCUCUGCAUUCCUUGCAUAUGCUGGUUACUUUGAUCAACAUUAUCGUCAAAAUCUAUUCUCCACUUGGUGUCAACAUUUGCAACACGCAAACCUGCAAUUCCGUGCUGAUAUCGCAAGAACGGAAUAUUUGUCAAAUCCUGAUGAGCGUUUGAGAUGGCAAGCUAAUGCUUUGCCAACAGAUGAUCUAUGCACAGAAAAUGCUAUAAUGUUGAAACGUUUCAACAGAUAUCCAUUGAUCAUUGAUCCAUCAGGACAAGCUACGGAAUUCAUAAUGAAUGAGUUCAAGGAUAGAAAAAUUACUAAGACUAGUUUCUUGGAUGAUUCAUUUAGGAAGAAUCUCGAGAGUGCUCUUCGGUUUGGUAAUCCAUUGUUGGUCCAGGAUGUAGAAAAUUAUGAUCCAAUUCUAAAUCCUGUCCUGAAUAGAGAAUUGAGAAGGACAGGUGGUCGUGUAUUGAUUACGCUCGGAGAUCAAGAUAUCGAUCUUUCGCCAUCAUUCGUGAUAUUCUUGUCCACAAGAGAUCCCACGGUUGAAUUUCCACCAGACAUAUGUUCUCGUGUAACAUUUGUUAACUUCACCGUCACCAGGAGCUCCUUGCAGAGUCAAUGUCUCAACCAGGUUCUCAAAGCAGAACGUCCUGAUAUAGAUGAAAAGAGAUCAGAUCUACUGAAACUUCAAGGAGAAUUCCAUUUGAGAUUGCGACAGCUUGAGAAAUCUUUACUGCAAGCAUUGAAUGAUGCCAAAGGAAAGAUCCUUGACGAUGACUCCGUCAUCACUACCCUGGAAACGCUGAAACAGGAGGCUGCUGAUAUCAGCAAGAAGGUGGAAGAAACUGACAAGGUUAUAGGUGAAAUUGAAACUGUCUCGCAACAGUACAUGCCGCUAUCCCAAGCAUGCUCGAAUAUGUACUUCACCAUGGAUAGUCUGAACCAAGUGCAUUUCUUGUAUCAGUACUCUUUAAAGAUGUUCCUAGACAUAUUUACCACCGUUCUCUCACAGAACCCCAAAUUGUCCGGAAUAUCUGAUUACACACAGAGAUUGUCUUUAAUUACAAGCGACUUAUUCUCUGUCUGUUACGAACGUGUUGCUCGUGGAAUGUUGCAUACAGACAGACUUACGUUUGCCUUACUGCUUUGUCGCAUUCAUCUAAAAGGAGUUGUUACGGAGUCGACCUACGAUAGCGAAUUCACGUUCUUCCUACGUGGCAAAGAGGGCGUGCUCAAUAUUCGCGCGCCACCAAUGCCAAGUCUUAGCUCUGAACAACAAGAAGCAAUGAUACGUUUGAGCCUAAGGGUUCCAGCUUUUAAGAAACUCGCUGAAAAGAUUCAAGAUAAUUCUGACUUCAGCACCUGGUUACAAUCCCCAACGCCGGAAACCUGCGUACCUAAACUUUGGGAAGAAGAGAAACCAUUGAGUCCUAUAGGAACGACUAUGCAUCAGCUACUAAUAAUUCAAGCAUUCAGGCCAGAUCGUGUAAUUGCUGCAGCUUCGUUAGUAGUGACUUCAGCUCUUGGUGAGUCUUUCAUGGCUGCAGCUGAGGUCGAACUGGACUUUGCUUCCGUCGUGGAAAAUCAACUAAAAGCUACUGUGCCAGCCCUUCUGUGCUCUGUACCUGGUUUCGACGCUUCCAGCAGAGUUGACGACCUGGCGGCAGAGCUAGGAAAACAAAUUGCUAGUAUCGCUAUCGGUUCCGCAGAAGGUUUCAAUCAAGCUGACAGAGCCAUUAACAUGGCCGUUAAAGCUGGAAGAUGGGUACUCUUGAAAAAUGUACAUCUUGCACCUCAGUGGUUGGUACAACUUGAGAAGAAGUUACACAGUAUCCAGCCGCAUGCAAACUUCAGACUCUUCCUCACCAUGGAAAUUAAUCCUAAAGUACCAGUUAAUCUACUCAGAGCUGGUAGAAUAUUCGUAUUCGAACCACCUCCAGGUAUCAGGGCAAAUUUGCUGCGUACCUUCAGCACUGUACCUGCUUCACGUAUGAUGAAAGCACCUAAUGAACGUGCUCGCCUGUACUUCCUGUUGGCAUGGUUCCACGCCAUCGUUCAGGAACGUCUUCGUUAUGCUCCUUUAGGAUGGGCCAAACACUAUGAGUUCAAUGAAAGUGAUCUGAGGGUCGCCUGCGACACCCUUGACACCUGGAUAGAAGCAACAGCAAUGGGUAGAACAAAUCUUCCACCAGAGAAAGUACCAUGGGAUGCUUUGGUGACACUUCUGUCUCAAUGUAUCUAUGGUGGCAAAAUUGACAAUGAUUACGAUCAACGUUUAUUAGCUUCUUUCUUGCGUAAAUUAUUCACGCCUAGAUCCUUCGAAGCUGAUUUUGCUCUGGUUGCCAAUGUUGACGGUGCUCAAGGAAAUCAACGUCACAUAACUAUGCCCGAUGGUAACAGACGGGAUCACUUCCUGAAGUGGAUUGAAUCCUUGUCAGAUAGACAAACACCGUCCUGGUUAGGAUUACCUAAUAACGCAGAAAAGGUCCUGCUUACCACUAGAGGAACAGAUUUGGUAUCAAAACUUCUAAAAAUGCAGCAACUGGAGGAUGAGGAUGAGCUAGCAUAUUCUAACGAAGAGUCCCUAGAUACUCCACGUGAAGCUGAAGCUGAUGGACGCCCAUCAUGGAUGAGAACCUUGCAUAAUUCUGCAUCUACGUGGCUACAGUUGUUGCCGAAAAAUCUGCCUACUCUCAAGAGAACUGUGGAAAAUAUUAAAGAUCCGUUGUACAGGUACUUCGAAAGAGAAGUUAAUAGUGGAGCUAGACUACUUCAAGAUGUUAUUCAUGACUUGGAGGAUGUCGUACUAAUUUGUAAAGGUGAGAAGAAACAAACAAAUUAUCAUAGAACAAUGCUGUCUGAAUUGGUAAAGGGUAUUUUACCUGGUGGAUGGAGAAGGUACACGGUACCUAGAGGAUGUACCGUAAUACAAUGGAUCACUGACUUCAGCCACAGAGUCACCCAAUUACAAGAGGUGUCCAGACUCGUAUCUCAGGGAGGAGCGAAAGAAAUCAAGAGUUUCCCAGUUUGGCUCGGUGGAUUAUUAAAUCCAGAGGCUUAUAUUACUGCAACGAGACAGUGUAUUGCUCAGGCCAACAGUUGGUCCCUGGAAGAGCUCCAGCUUGAUGUAACUAUUGGGGACGGCGAUAACAUCGCUACAGAUGAUUGUUCCUUUGCAGUCACCGGAUUGAAACUGCAGGGAGCCCAGUGCAAAGAUAAUCAGUUAUACCUUACAUCAACUAUUAUGACUGAUUUACCAGUAACAAUGCUGAGAUGGACUCGCUCUGCUAGCGAAGAAGUUAGGAAAGGAAAAUUGUCUUUACCUGUUUAUCUAAACAGCACACGAACAGAACUUCUAUUUACUGUAGAUUUGAACAUCGCUUCAGGCCAAGAGCAACAUAGCUUUUAUGAGAGGGGUGUCGCUGUUUUGACAUCCACUGCCUUAAAUUAGAAUGACUUUUAUGGAGAAGAAAUUCGAUAAAUCUUAAUAUAUUCAGAUCCAUCAAUAACGAUGGAAUUUUGUGCAACCCGUGCAAUGAAUACCAAUACCGAAUAUGCAUUCAGUUGAUUAUGUUCCAAUCAGAUUUACUUCCCUUGGUAAACUUACAAAUGAACAUUCUAAUAGUUAUCGUGAAAUGUUGUAACAAAAUAUUUAUCGUCCUACAGUUUGUACUGCAUGAAUUUCAAGCUGAAGAGCGCAUGUGCUAAAGUAAUGUACAUUUAAAAGAUCUCUGUUUAUACUUUGUAGCGGAAUUAAAAUGCAAACGCAGUAUAUAUUUAAAAACAAUGGCUGCGACCGAUAGCUUGUGAUAUACAUGAUAUUUAAUUCUUUUUCUAAUGUUCUGCUUUUAAUAUUUACUCUAUGAAAUAAGAUUACAUCGAAACCUUUCGAAAGUAAACUGAAACACUGCAUGAUAGUAUUUGUAAUGUUACUCAACGGCAUCUAAAUAAAUGAAAUAACAGUGUCCAAUAGAAA